AUGCCACACACCAACCGCAAAAAGAAGAACGGAGGCGCAAGCCAGAAGAAAGUCGUUGUCCACACCAAACGAAAAGAAGUUCUCGAUGACGAAGGAUGGACCCACGUAGUCGACAAACCUCAACCCAAACCCGACGUUUCAACCACUAAUUCCGAAGCGAAAGAGAAGCAAGAACUGUGGGCUAUAGCUGCGGACUUUAAGAUUGGAAACUCAUACUAUGUAGACCGAACGCUGGAGGAAUAUGAGGUGGAGUACUCUCGGGCGAGGAAGACGUGGGGUAAAAGCGAGGCGUGUAGACAAUUGAAGAUCAUAUUAGAGGGCAAGACUGAGGAGGAAAGAGAUGUGUCGAAUGUGGUUUGUUUAGGUCUGGGGAGUUUGCAGAAUGCGAGAGGGGAGGGGAGGAAAGCUAGUUUCUUACAGCUUGUGGCUCUGUCGGAUUUUAUUGAGGCCCUAAGCAGUCAGGAGCUCAAGGUUACCUUCCAGGACCCGGCCUUCACGGAUCUUGAUAUUGAGUUUCUUAGCACUUUAGACUUCGCAGUCCAAACAGAUCCAGAUGCCUUUGAGUUGAUUACUGAGAAGACUAUGGUGUACGCGAUACAUUGUUACGCGGACAUAUACGAAAAGGUCGCAAGAAGGGGUGGAGGAAAAGUGAUCGUAUGUACGGAUGUGGAAAAGUUUGGUGGACCAAGCUCCAGCAUUUCUGAUUCUACGAUCAAGAUUUUGGAGGUGAUGGUGGACGGGUACGAGAAAAUGGAAUUCCCACAGAUCAGAAGCGAUUUCUCGGACACCAAGAUUUACUGGAGACGCUCAAGUGACUCGGCUCCGCUGAUCGAGGAGGCCGAAAUUGCAAGAGAUGUUGAAGUUUCUACUGUGGCACAAGAGAAGAAGGAAGUUCCUGUAGAGCCUGCAAACACGCCAAGCUCUGUCGCCGCACUGGAAGAGAAAGUAGAACAACAGAACGAAAAUCCUGUUGAGGCUGAAGUCACUUCUGAUAUCGUAUCUGCACCAGAAGUUAAACUUGCGGAAGAGAAUAAACCCGUUGAUGAGCCGGGGGAUAACCCUACCGACGUCGCUACGCCAGAAAAGGAAGUAGAGCAUGAGGUGGAAAAUGUCGUCGAGCUCGAGGAUACGCCUCAAAUUGUAAGUGCUCCAGAAGAGAGAUCGGAAGAAGAGGAAGCCAUUCUUGAGUCGGAGGCUACCCCUAUUAACAUGGCGACGCCAGACAAGAAAAUAGAGCAUCAGGAGGAAGACGAGGUUCUUGAGAAUACACCUCAUACCGUAACAGCACCAGAAGAGAAAAUAGAAGAAAAAAAGAAAGCGGUUAUUGAAGCGGAAAAUACCGUUAUUAACGUGGUUGCGCCUGAAAAUAAAUUAGAGUAUGAAGAGAAAAAUAAUGUUGUGCUCGAGGAGCCAUCUCAGAUCGCAAGCGAACUAGAAGAGAAAGUAGAGGCAGAGAAGGAAGCUGUUGUGGAGUCUCUGGAAGCACCUCAGAUCGUGCCUACACCAGAAGAAAGGGUAGAAGAAACUUUCAAGGCUACAGAUGAAUCAACAUCAGAACCAACCGAACCAAGUCAUCAAAUCUCUACACCAGAAGCAUCGUCAUCCUCUAUAGCAGAGCAGAUCUCAUCUCAACCAACUUCGGAGGUACCCGAAUCGACUCAUCAAAUCCCUACACAAGAAGCAUCAACAUCUUCUAUACCACCACAAACAACGGAGUCUCCAUCUCCAUCAACAAACACAGAACAAUCCACAGUAGCUGAUUCGCAACCGAUACCAGUAACCUCGCAAAUUGAGCCUGCUACCCACGAAGCUCAAUCCAACCCUUCACAACCAGUACCCAAACCAGAAAAUGAGAUUCGAAAACAGGAAAUGAAUACAAAGAAAUCAUUAGUCUCAGGCUGGUUAACAUGGGGAGGAUUAUGGAAUGCAUUUGCUUGA